AUGCGGUGCGCGCGCGCCGACGACGCGGGCGAGCUCCCGAUCGACGUCAUCGACGCCGUCGCGCGCGCGCCCGACGACGCGCGGGCGUAUUCGAGGGCGCGUUUGCGAGAAUUCAAUGUCUCGACGGUGACGCGGCACGCGAAUGGAUCGAUGGCGCGACGGGAGUACGGGCCCGCGCGUGGGUUCUACGCGCUCGCCCUGGAGACGCUCGCGGUGCGCGACGGCGAGGACGGGCGCGGGUCGGGGCGCGGGCGACGACGGAUUGAAUUGCGAUUGGGUCUGGGCGACGCCGCGCUCGGGUGCGGCGACGCGAACGCGGCGCGCGGGGCGUACGCGGCGGCGAUGCGAGAGACUGGGAUGUUUGAGAAGAAACGCGCGGUGGUGACGGAUAGAGAGGAGGAUGGUGAAGGAUCGGGGGGGGUGAGGGAUGAAUGGAAUGAGUGCGAGGAGACGUACGAGGACGGAGGGGACGAGCGGGACGCGAGCGACGCGCGGGCGCGGACGAUCGCGGAUUACGUCGUAAAGUGUAACUCGGGGGAGGUGAAAUCGAUGAUUCGGGGAGUGAUCGAUGCGGAGAUGAUGUAUAGGAUGGGUCGGGCGUUUCAGCUCGCGGGACGACCGCGGCGGUCGCUGUUGGCGAAUAAGGUUGCGCUGCUGCUGCAGCCGGAUGGGCCGGCGGAGCGAAGCGCGACGCAGAUUCAUCUGUCGUGCGCGGAGGCGUCGUUGGCGUUCGGUGACGCUGAGACGGCGUUGCAUUACUUUAGAAUGGUGAUGCUCAAGGCCGAGGAGGCGUCGCUGUCGACUGGGGACGUCUUUUGCAACCUCGCGACGUGUUAUCGCGCCAUGGGACUGCACGACGAGGAGGCGCGCGCGAUGAACGCGGUGUGCACUAAUUCCAAGCACAGGCCGAUGCGGAUCACGAACAUGAUCAAGACGAUCAUGUAUCGACUCUCUCAGGAUAAAGACACCGCGAAGGCGAUUCACGAGCUCGAGUCCCUGAACGAGAUGAAGGAGACGGCGGAGGGGUUGUACUCGCUCGGACGCGUGCUCUUGCUGGCGCGCGAUUACAACGCCGCCGAUGACGCCCUGAUGCGGGCGUGCGAGCUCGACCCGGCGUCGCCGAAAGUGUGGCUCGAGAUCGGUACCCUGUACUUGAAGGGUUUCAACGUUCCCGCGACCGCGGCGAAGGCGUUUGGGCGGGCAAAGGAGCUUUCGCUUGUGCUCAUGGAGCAAGAGGAAGACUCGUACCAAGCGGAGAGCGGAUACGGCGGCGCGGAUGAAAAUCGCACAAAGUUUAACGAUCGGACAGAGAUCUCGGACGCGCGCACGCGCGCGGUGAUCGGCCGGGGCGACUGCUUCGAGGAGUUGGGGCAACCCUCGAAAGCGCUUCGCGAGUGGGAAGAGGUUCCGGAGACGGCGGCGAUCCAGAUCCGAAAGAUGCGAAUCGUCGUAUGGGCCGUGGUGCUCGUGCAGCGCAACUUUAGAGAGUAUAAGAAACGAAUCGCGAACGAGAUCUCGAACGGCGUGCGCAGACCGGUGCUGGCGCCCAGUAGCCGAGUCGUGAACCCAAAGCCGGUGAAGAAGAAGUACGACUCUCUGUCGCGUAUGCUGACGAAGAAGGACCCACGCAAGACUGAGGUUCCCGCGAUCGAUUUGCUAAAGGGUUUCACCAUCGGCAACGCGCUGUCUGCGGUGCCGAAGAAGAAGAAACCCAACAAUUUUUUCGGAUUUUUCAACUCUCCCGGAAAGUCAUCGAAGAAAAAGUGA